GAACUUAAGCACCUAUGAUCAUCAGUCCACCUUACUAUUUGCACGCUCUUGUUUAUCAAUUUUCUUUACCUUUCUCUAGCUCUCUGCUUUUGGGCAUGUUCAUUACCAAACUAAACCGAACUCUGCCUGCAAAACUCACCAGACACCUCUCUUUUUCAGCCCCAACAUUCUUAAAAAACAAUCAAACAUCCAUAACAACCUCAAACCUUAAACCCCAGAACUCCAAAAUUUCAACUUUCAUGAAACAUGGGCUUAUCCAAGAAGCCCAGAAUCUGUUUGACAAAAUGCCUCAAAAAAACGUUGUCACGUGGAAUACAAUUAUUCGAGGCUAUUUUCUAAAUGGGUUUUUUAGUAAAGCCUUUGCCUUGUUCCAUGAAAUGCCUGAACGAGAUAUUUUUACGUACAACAUAGUGAUUUCAGGGCUCAUGCAUGGCCAUGAUGUGGAAGCUGCAAGGGAAGUUUUUGAAGGGAUGGUUUGUAGAGAUGUGGUAUCGUGGAAUGCUAUGAUUGGAGGGUAUUUUAUCAAUGGAAUGCUGGAUGAAGGGUUGAAGGUUUUUGAGGAGAUGCCGGGGAAAGAUGUUAUAUCUUGGAACUUGGUGAUUGAAGGGCUUGUGAAAUGUGAAAAGUUUGAUUUGGCUGAAGAUUAUUUUAAAAGAAUGAGUAAUAGAGAUGUUGCUUCUUGGACUAUUAUGAUUUCAGGGCUUGCAAAAGCUGGAAAGAUGGCUGAAGCUUGUAAAUUCUUUGAGGAGAUGCCGACAAAAGAUAUUCGUGCAUGGAAUGUAAUGCUAGAGGGUUAUAUAGGGAUUGAGUGUGUUGACAAGGCAGAAAUUUUAUUUCAGGAAAUGCCUGAGAAGGAUUUGGAUUCGUGGAAAUUAUUGAUAAGUGGGUUGGCAGCAAGUAGACGAUUGGUAGAUGCUCUGCGUUAUUUCAUGGAAAUGCCUACGAAAUGUUGUAAAAUAUUGAACUCAAUCUUGUUGGGGUUGAUAAGAAAUGGACUUGUCAAGGAAGCUCAUGCAUUUUUGGAGAAACAACCAUAUAAUAAUGUUGUUUCGUGGACGAAUGUAAUUGUUGGAUAUUUUGAAAUAGGUGAGGUUGGGAGUGCGAUUAAAGUUUUUGAAUUGAGGCCCAUUCGAGAUGUAACUCUGUGGAAUGUUAUGAUAUGCGGCCUGGGAGAAACUGAUUAUGGUGAAGAAGGUUUUAAGUUUUUCAUCAGAAUGAAAGAAUCAGGUUUCUCCCCUGAUGAAGCUACAUUUACUAGCACUUUGACCAUUUGUUCAAAUUUGCCAAGCUUAGACCUUGGGAAGCAGAGUCAUGCAGAGGUAGUUAAAUCAGGUUUAAAUCAUUUCACUGCUGUUUCUAAUGCAUUGGUCACUAUGUACGAAAGAUGUGGUAACAUGCACUCCGCUUUGCUGGAGUUCUUUUCCAUGCCGAGCCAUGAUGUUAUUUCCUGGAAUUCUGUAAUAUGUGGAUUUGCUCACCAUGGAAAUGCUGAAAAAGCUCUAGAGAUGUUUGAGCGUAUGAGAUUAACUGAUGUUAAGCCUAAUCACGUAACUUUUAUUGGUGUUUUAUCUGCCUGUAGCCACGCUGGGCUGGUUGACCAAGGUAAAUACUACUUUGAUUAUAUGAAAGGUAAAUGCUCUCUUGAGCCAACAACUGAACAUUAUACUUGUAUUGUUGAUCUAUUGGGGAGAUUUGGACUCAUAGAUGAGGCAAUUAGUUUUCUUAAUCGAAUGAGUGCAGAUGGAAUCAAAGUUCCAGCUAGUGUUUGGGGGGCUUUGCUUGGAGCCUGCAGAAUCCACAAUAACAUCAAGGUCGGGGCGAUAGCUGCUGAGAGAGUUUUGGAAAUAGAACCUCACAACUCUGGUGUAUACUUAAUUCUAGCAGAAAUGUAUCUUUCUUGUGGACGAAGCGAAGAUGCUGAGAGCAUUCGAGCUCGUAUGGAGGGGAAGGGAGUUAGGAAGCAACAGGGGCGUAGUUGGGUUGAGGCAAACAACAGCGGCUAGCCACAUAUUUGAUAUUUCUUUAUGGAGACAGUCGCAGUUCAGGCCCUGAGUUCAGCAGAAUCUUACGUUUUAAGACUCGCAGUAGUACGAAAUGUACGCCAGAAUCUUAAGAUCAGAUUUCGCUAAUUGUGUAUGAAGUUAUAUUGCUCUAGUGCAAUUUAACAGAAUUGUCAGCCAGUGGCCCAAAGUGUUUUGCUGAGUAGACCUCGGUUAUGCCCCAUGCAUUCCAUGAAAAGGAGAGGUUCAAAAGUAUAUAUGAAACAAAAUGACCCUAAACACAGUUUCAGGAAUGAGGAUAAUUAUUAUAUACACCUCUUGAAAGGUUGUACAAGAGGUAAUAUAAUCUCUUUGUUUGAAGAUUUAUCAAACAAGCAGGGAUAUGUUUGUCUGAAAAAAAAAAAAAAAAAAAAAACUUUU